AUGGGUGCUAGUUGCAAAGAUCAAAGAAAGGCGCUUGCUAUAUGUUUACAAAGAUCUCCAUGUGUUCUACUAGAUCGACACACACCGAAAGAAUGUUUAACUGAUCCCGAAUUGAAAAAGGACUUGCCUGAACUAUGUAAGGCACAAUUCAGAGCCUUUAUGGAAUGCAAGAAUGGGAUGUUUGAUAUGCGAAAAAGAAUGAGAGGUAAUGCACCUUUAUCAACUGGUAAAUACGAUGAAACUUUUGAUAAUUUAUCUACUGGGAAUUUUGAUCCUCGUGAGGAAAUAAGAAAAUUGGAUGUGUUGAAUAGAAACUUGUCUAGACAGCAACAAGCUCAAGAAAAGAAAGAUUAA